AUGUCGGGUUCUGGCAAGGAAGUGUUGGUUCUUGGUGCCGGUAUGGUGGUGCGCCCGCUCGUGCCCUACCUCACCCAGCACGGCUACCGCGUCGUCGUCGCCUCCAGGACGCUGGCCAAGGCGCAGCACAUCGUCGAGGGCAUCUCGGGCGCCAAGGCCGUCGAGUGCGACGUCGACACUGAUGAGGGCAAAGCCAUCCUCGAGACCCUCCUGCCCUCUGCCGAUGCCGUCGUGUCGCUGCUGCCCUACCUCCUGCACCCGUUCCUCGCCAAGAGGGCUCUCGCCCACAACAAGCACUUCUUCACCACCUCCUACGUCAGCCCGGCGAUGAGGGAGCUCGACGAAGAGGCCAAGGCCAAGAACCUCGUCUUCAUCAACGAGUGUGGUGUCGACCCUGGCACUGACCACAUGAGCGCCAUGCAGAUCAUCGACGACGUCAAGUCCAAGGGUGGCAAGAUCCUCUCUUUCACCUCCUACUGCGGUGGACUCCCGGCGCCCGACAGCAACAACAACCCUCUCGGCUACAAGUUCAGCUGGUCCGCCCGCGGUGUGCUGCUCGCCUCCACCAACAACGCCAUCUUCCUUCAGGACGGCGAGAAGAAGGAGAUUCAGGGCAAGGACCUGUUUGACAGCUUCCACCUGGACUACAUCCCCGAGCUCAGCUCCGAGUUCGAGACCUACCCCAACCGUAACUCGCUCCAGUACAUCGACGUCUAUGGCAUCACCACCACCCAGACCAUGAUCCGUGGCACCUACAGGAACAAGGGUUGGUGCCCCACCGUGAAGAAGCUCGGCGCCGAUCUGGGCUUCCUCGACCUGACCGAGCGCAACUUCCAGGGCGUGACCUACGCGCAGGCUCUGCGUGAGAUGAUCAACAGCCAGGCGGCCGACAAGGAGGCCCUGAAGAGCGACGUGCGCGCGUUCCUCAAGCUCGACGCCUCCAAGGAGUUCGUGAUUUCCACCGCCGAAUGGCUCGGUCUGUUCGAGGAGGAGCCCAUCCCCGCCAAGAUCAAGACCAGGCUCGACGCUCUGUGCCACAAGAUGGAGACCAAGAUGCAGUACAGCGCCGGCGAGCGGGACAUGCUGCUGAUGAAGCACACCUUCAUCGCCGAGUACCCCGAGGGCAAGAAGGAGAAGAUCACCUGCACGCUCAUCGACUAUGGCCUCCCCAACGGCGACUCGUCCAUGGCCAGGACCGUCUCCCUCCCCGUCGCCAUCUCCAUCCGCCUCGUGCUCGAGGGUAAGUUCACCACGCCCGGCCUCCAGAUCCCCAUCAUCAAGGAGCUCUACGAGCCCAUCCUCCAGGAGCUCGAGGCCCUCGAGCCCUCCAUCAAGUUCGUUCACCACAGGGAAGCCCUGUAA